UUAUUGGAUCUUGACCGCUCCAGGUAGGGAUGCCAGCGAGUGAUACCAGCACCGGCGCGGUGGCACAUCCAUCUGUAGGCGGCAUCGGAGACCGAUCAUCACGUGGUGAAACUUGGGUUUGCAAAACGAUAGCGGCAAGCUCUUCGACGCAGCAGCCACCUCCCAGAGGGGGAUGCUCGUGGACGAAGGUUGGCUCAAAGUUCGUCCUGUUUGGAGGGGCGGACGAACAUCAGCAGCACUUGUCCGACAUCCACUGCUUUGACGCGGCAAUAGGGAAAUGGGAGAAGACCCCUGUCAGUGGUGCGCCACCUUCCCCGCGGAAUGGUCAUUCGGCGGUCGCACUCGGAGAUUCUUUGGUGGUCUACGGCGGUAUGAAUGGACAGGAUGGUGUGACGUUCAACGACCUGUUCGAGCUCCGACCCGGAUCUACGGAGGGUAUGGAGUGGGUGUCCCUUCCCUGCGUGGACAUCCCUCCUCGCAAUGCACACACUGCAGUACUCGAUGGGGAAACCAUGAUAGUCAUCGCAGGGGCUUCCCCGGAGGGACAAACGGACGACGUUUUCACCAUCGACUUGUCGGAUCGUUCAAACUUGGCCUGUCGGAGAGUGUUCUGCAAGCCGUUCAAAUCAGGGACUGGUGAACGACGUUGUUCGGAAGGCGUUGGAGGAGUACCAGCCGCACGCGAGAUGCACUCGACCUGUGCUUAUAACUCCGAGGGGACGACGGGUGAACGGGCGACUACAAUAUUGGUCAUGGGCGGACGUUCAGCUGGGGGUGUGCUUCGUGACCUGUUUGAGCUCAGAACAGAUACCUGGACAUGGAAGCGAUUAAAAGAUGCUCCUGUUGCCCGGUGCGCCCAUUCAGCUUGUUUCGUACAAGCCGCAGGGACCAUGGCCAUCUACGGGGGAUGGGAUGGGGGCACAAUCGUGGCCGACGAUCUUCAUCUUUACGAUGUAGGAUGUGGAGAGUGGACGAAACCAAAAAUUUCUCCAACACCAGCUGGUCGUUUCGCUCACGCGGCGUGCGCUGUUGGUUUGGAGGGAGAGAUGCUUGUGUUCGGAGGGGUACACCCUGGAGAGGAUCUGGACGAUGUUUUGUUGCUGUCUGCCGCUUGACCUACACGCUGCAUGUCAUUGGUUCGAAAAGAGAAGCGGCAAAGCUCAGCCUUUUCAGCAAGCGUCUUGUUCGGAGAACGAAAUCCCCAGCGGUUAAGUUUUGUCUCUGCUGCCCCAAUCCGUACGUACCCAGUAGGGUGUAUCAUCUCAGACAUGCGAUCGAAGUUUGGAGUAAAUAAGCGACUCUCGGGUUGUGAAAGUGAGUGAAACGAAAGCAUGUAAGAUCGAACCGAAGGUGUGCAUGUAUCAAACAAUCAAGAGAGGGAGCAAGCAGCAGCUGAGACCAGUCAUUGUUUGUGGUACUUCGGUACGACAUUCGAUCUGGAAGUUAUGAAAUUUUGAAAUUAUGUGUGUGUGUGUGGGGGGGUAUAGUACGUUGUUAGCUGUUAGGGGUCCAAGUCCGCCCCCCCGUUGUAUAUAUUGCAGGAUCCCGUCAUGACCGAUGAUAAUUUUCUUGCAAUUGGGGUAGAUGUUGACUCCUAAACCCUGGCUCGUUCAUCGGAUUUUGAGCAUACACGAAACAUUCAUCAUUUGCAUGGGCCCAGACACAGAACCAACGUCGAAACGCGUUCCGUUCUCUAAAAAGGUACCCACCCCCUCCCUCUGGCCAAAAGUAUCAUCUAUUUAAGAGACAUAUCCAUACU